AUAUGAUAGUUCCCCAUACCUUUGCUUUUUUUUUGUUCUCUCUUUUAUUGUAUUACAGUACUUUAUCAAUUACCAAAACACAAAGAAAUAACACGUCCUCCCCGAAUUUCUCAUCCAACCCAGCAAUUAAGCUUUGGCCACUUACUUGACAAUUUUUUUUUAUUGUGUGUUCGCUCUAUUGUGGUUAACAGCUCCCUCUGCUCUGACUACAGCUACCUUCAUUACACUUUGUUCGAUCCCUUGGCAACCACAGUGACCACUUUCGUAAUGUCUUUGCGACCGUUUACCAGAAGCGGUUGGGCAAGUAUGCGAUCGCUUGUCAGAUCAAUAAACACCGCUGCAUUCCCCAGCACACAUGUUCCUGUAAUGCUUCCCCAAGUACUCGAGUUCUUAAAGCCAAAGUCAGGAGCCGUGUACUGUGAUGCAACUUAUGGAGAUGGAGGCUAUACAAGAGCAAUCCUUGAUUCAUGCGAUUGCACUGUUGUAGCUAUAGAUCAGGAUCCCGUCGCCUAUGACCGUGCAAAAGAGGUGGCUGCCCUGGAACAGUAUCGUGGUAGGCUGAUACCUAUCCUUGGAAGAUUUGGUGAAAUUGAUAAUUUGGUGAAAGAACAGCUCAAUUGGAGCUCACCGUGUUUCGAUGGCAUGGUAUUCGAUAUUGGCGUAUCUAGUGGACAGAUCGAUACGCCAGAGAGAGGGUUCUCAUACAAAUCAGAUGGACCCCUUGACAUGCGCAUGUUUGCGCGAGGUUCGGACGAUCAAGAGCCCUACGUCCCAAAAUCCAUUACAGCAUAUGAAGUAGUAAACUUCUACUCGAGACAACAGUUAGCGGACAUCAUCUAUCAAUAUGGUGGUGACCGACUAUCUCGUAAAAUUGCAGACGCUAUUGUCAAUGCGCGUGUGAACGAACCCAUAAAAUCAACUCUUGCUCUCGCCCAAAUUGUACAAGCUGCGUGCCCGCAACCUCGCUGGUCCCGAGGCGGUGAUGAUAUGGUUCGCAAUUCAGCGGCUAGAACAUUUCAGGCAAUUCGCAUACACAUCAAUGAUGAGUUGGAACAACUACGUAGUGCUUUAGCGUCUACCGAAGACCUCUUGCAGGUUGAUGGGCGUUUAGUUGUAGUGACAUUUCACUCGUUGGAGGAUAGGAUGGUCAAAAACUUUCUCCAUCGGUGUAGUGGGAAACGUGCUUUAGAAGCUACUGACCGCCCGGUCAAUCAAUUUGAUUUAAAGCGUGCAGCACAUCGACAGAACUCACGGCGGCGGAAACAUUAUGCUGACGAUGAGUCUGACCAACAGCGCUUUGUUUAUUCUAAUACGAACAGCGGCGUGCACACGGAAAGCCCUUCCUUUGAACUGCUAAACAAACAUGUCGUGCAAGCUCCUCUUGAAGAGGUGGAAGCAAACUCUAGAAGUCGAUCAGCGAAACUUCGCGCAGCUCGACGAACCUUAGCAGGACCUGUUCAGCCAUUUGAACAAUGAAGACUUAUUUUUCAAAUUAAUGUGACCAAGCUUGAAACUCGGCUGUAUUUAAACAUGAGCAUGUAUCAAAAUGUACAGUGAAAACCGUGGAACUAGAAUGAAAAAUGAGUGAUGAAAAAACAAAAAAAAAAAAGAAACUAAGUAGUUCACCAAAAGUGAUCUAAAUAACAUUUUUUCUCCUCCUUUUUCUUCCUCUAUGCGCUAGGGUAAUGGUUAAG